GGGUAAAGCGCGCCAUAACAAAAAUCGUCGGUCGAUCAGUGCGCAUCCGGGAGAGAUCGUCCUUGGAUCAACGAGUCGUUGACAUGACGACGAGCCCGGAGGAUCACGUCUUCGAAGAGGUCAAGGAUGACGCCUCGUCGACGGUGCCUCAGGUGACGAAGAUCCUCUGUGUGGGACGCGCCUGUCUCGACAUCGUUCACACGUGUCAGCAGUUUCCCGCGGAGGACUCCACUCAAAGAUCUAUCGACUAUAGAUGGCAAAGAGGGGGCAAUGCAUCAAAUACUUGUACCGUGUUAUCAUUGCUAGGACAGUCAUGCGAGAUUCUGACUUGUUUAUGUGCAGAUGAGCAUGACAAUUUUAUCCAAAAUGACUUGCGCAAAUAUAAAAUUGAUUAUUCUCACUGUCCCAUAGUAAAAGGCUUUGGCUGUGUUGUCGCAACUAUUAUAUUGAGUUUAAGUACUGGAACUCGUACAAUUGUGUAUCACAAUCAAAAUAUACCAGAAUUGACAGUAAAGAAUUUUGAACAACUUAACUUGGCAGAAUAUAGCUGGGUUCACUUUGAAGGAAGAAAUAUAGAUGAAAUGUUGCUUAUGACGCAGUGUAUAGAAAAUUAUAAUAAAUCAUUAAGAGACAGUAAGAAUUGUAUGCCAAUUAUGAUCAGUAUGGAGCUAGAAAAUCCUAAAUCAGGUGCUAGAUUAUUAGAUCUAUUAUCACAUGCUGACCUGGUAUUCAUUUCGAAAGAUUUUGCUAAGAUUCAAGGUUUUAACAACAUGAAGGAGGUAAUACACACUAUUGGCCAAGAUACUAGAUUUAGAGGAGCCAUUAUUUGUGCUUGGGGAGAAGAAGGUGCAAUUGCUCGUACUCCGUGUGGUGUGAUAGUACAAUCUCCAGCUUUCCCACCAUACAGUGUAAUUGAUACAUUGGGGGCAGGUGAUACAUUUAACGCAGCUGUUCUAUAUUAUUUAAAUAAGAGCAAAGUAGAAUUUAUGUGUAAAUAUAAUGAGGCAGCUUGUGUGAAUGAUAUUAAUAAAUUGUGCGAUGACACUUUUGAUAGCAGCGCAGUAGUUAAACAAGAAAUUAAACAAAAGGAGAAUUUGGAAUAUAAUCGAACAAAAUUUAUUGAUGAAACGGUUUUACAUAGAGCUAUCAGAUUUGCAUGCUCUGUUGCUGGCGCAAAAGUCGGCUCGAAAGGAUAUGAUUUUCUCGAUAAAAUUAAUACCUUAAAAUUUGAUUUUUCAAUACUUUAGCAAAAAAUAUUUUUUAAAUAUAUUGUAUAUUUUUUAUGCACACAUUUGUGGAUUUAAGUAAGUAUAAUAUAAUUCGAUGUUUAUAUAUAUAUAAAAUCUGAAUUUAAGAAAAAAUGGAGGACAUAUAUAUUGUAUAUGUACAUAUGUGUAUCUGCGUCCGAGUUUAGAUAUGCAUUAAUAUAUCUAUUAUUCACAUUAUUGUUAUUUUUAAGUUAAGCGAUAAU